CCUUGUAAAGAGUUGCAAUUUUCGGUCAUCUUUCUUGGAGUGGUCGAAGUCGAAAAAGAGACCGAAAAUGGGGCAAAUGUGGACGGCUUAUGUUACAAAUCCUGACACAGCACCUGAUCUAAACAAUCUCCCUACAUUUGAUCCGGAAUAUGGAUUCCCAGACGGAAGGCCAGAGAGGGAAAUGGUCGCUAGCCAGGAGGAGAUGAACAUGGCCAGAGUACCCAUGGACAAGCGGGAUUUCUGCGCUCACUUCUACAUAGCUUUCUUGAAAUGCCGCCGGGACAACUUCCCCAAUCUCCUCAACUGCCGACACGCCAAACAUGAAUAUGAUCAUUGCGAAUAUGAAGACUUUGUCAUCAGGAUGAAGGAAUACGAGAGGGAAAGGAGGCUGCUCGAGAGGGGCAAGAGGAAGAGGCUGGUAGCGGAGAGAGAGGCAUUAGAAGAUUGAAAAAGCCUACCUAGGCUACUGGAAAUGUGUUUGAAAUGCAAUUUAUACAACAGAGUCUCUAUUUGAAACUUCAUACUAUUCACAUGUGGUGUGUCACAGUGUGUAGCUUUGUAAAAAUUUGAUGUGAAACCUGGAAUUCUCACAACGCCUACCCAAAACUUUCACAAAUUGUGCAAGUUUGUUGAUAAAUAACUACAUUACAUUGCAACAAAGGAUGUUUGUAAUAUUGGUAAUUUGUGAAAGUUUCGUGUUGGAGAGAGUUUUGGGUUUUACAGUGUUAUUGUUUUCUCACUGUAUGGACCCAUUCUGUUAUUAGAAAGCAGAGUAAUGAGUAAACAGUGACAUGUGUUUAUAUCCUGUUUUCUCAUAUGUUACCUCCAAGGGCCCAUGCACAGUGUGCAAGACUCAUAAAUGAAAUUGACCAUUUGAGUAGAACAAAGAAUUGAUAAUGAUAAGCAAUUGUUUGUUAUUGCAAGAUCGGGAUAAAGAGAUGAUUAUUGAUAUGGUAUGGUGAUUCAACUGAUCUUUUAACUAUUGAUCUGUGUGUUGUAUCUUUUUAGGGAGGCAUUUCAGUAACUUUCCUGCUUAACAGUCAUAACUUGAGAGCUUCCCACUUUUAACAUUGGAUUAGUUUUCAAUUCUGUUCACAGAUUUUGUUAAUGAGCUUGCUUGCAUAGAUUGUACAUUUGUCAUAUUGACAAUGGAAUGCUGAGAGUGAUACCUUGGAAAAUUAAUCAUUCUUCAGUAGUGGUCCUUUAUAAUUCCUGCAAGCAAUUGACCCAUUUACCAGUUGUUUAAAUGUAUGCACGUUUCCCUCCAGAACCCCUGCCCUGGUUACUCCAAGAAGCUUAAAAUUAGUAAACUUGUCAGAGUCAUAUUCUAAGACACAUUAUGCUCUUAGUUUACAGUGGAUGAAUGCUCUGAAGUUUGGAAUGAAUAAAAUCUUUGAAGAUUACAGGAUAA